AAUUUUCCUACCCCCAAAAAAAAAAAAAUGUUAAAGCCCAAACAGUCCCUUAAAACAGGAUCAUUUUCCCGAGAAAACCCAUGAAUUUUUUCUAGACUAAAACCCAAACCCCUAAACAUUUCUAGAUGUUACUAGACCCUUCUUAGCUCACACCGUUUUAUUCAUUCUUUAUACCUCCACACACUUUCGUUGAAUCCUUACCAAAUUAUUCAGUGAAAAAGCUCAUAACUGUCCGUACCAUUUUCCCGCAAAACCCAGAAAAACACCAUCGCAGCUAAAGGCCAUGUUUGGCGUGGUGUUCCCCAACCGCAGCUUCCCAAUGGACAUCUCGGCCUUUACCCAGAUCGACACCACCCAUUGGGUCCUCGACAUGAACACGUUCGUCGGUGAAGCCUAUGAUCAAAUCCGCGAGGUUUGCAUUUUCCUCAUCAACAACUUCUCUCUCCCUCCCGACAAGGCCCUCGCCGUCUACAUCCAGUCGCCGGGAUCCCCUUUCCUCUUCUGCGGCGCCGUCACCGUUUCCCGUCCCUCCGCCGUCCUUACCCUCCCCUGGCCGGAGCCCGGCGGUCAGCUCCAGCUCACCGCCGACGCCGUCCCUCUUUCAGCAAAGAUCGGGGUGUCCGUGGAGGAUUUGGCCACUCUGCCGUCGCUGGAUGUGGCCGCAGAGAAGAGGAUCGAGAGGUUGGCGAUGAAGGUGGGAGAGAACCUGUUCAAUUUCAUGCAGUCGUUUUGUGGGGUUGAUGGGAGCAAAUUGGUGGUUCCCAUGGAUAUAUUGGAUAGAUGGUUCAAGAAGUUUCAGGAGAGAGCCAAACGCGACCCUGAGUACUUGAAAGGCUUCACUUUGUAAGAAUUUCCAAUUUUUUUUUUUUUCCCCUUUUUAUGGGCCGGGGUUGUUUAUCAAAUUUGUAAGAUGUGGUAUCUGAAAAGGGUUUCUGUUUCCUUUGAGAAUUUGGUGAAGAUACACAAAAAUUGCUAUUGAACAUAAUGGAAGAGAGCAAAAGAAAGUGUUGAAAUUUUGUCUUUGAAGCAAUUUGAUAAAAGGUGGCUUAGCUUUUAAUAUUUGUUACUCA